AUGUUGACUUCAACUCUUCUUCUCGCCUCUCUCGGCGUUGCCGCUGCGUUCAAGAACUCUCCCGAUGUCACGGUCAGAGUGACGUCUACUCGGACCAUCGCCUUCUGCGCGUACCCUACCGGCUUCGGUCCCUGUGAUGGGGCCAGUCAAGCCUGGGAGGCCGUCGUCACGGGCCACAUGGGCCAGGACGACUGGGCGGCUGGCGCGGUCCCCCUCAAUUCGGGCCUCACGGUGGUUCUCAAGGCGGCUCUGAGCAAGGCGGUUCUCAACACGGUGGCUCUCAAGGCGGCUCUCAAGGCGGCUCUCAGGGCGGUAGCUAUCAAGUCGGGCCUCAAGGUGGCUCUCCAAGCGGCUCUGAGCAAGGUGGCUCCCAACACGGUGGCUCUCAGCAAGGUGGCUCUCAGGGCGGCAGCUACUAUCAAGUUGGGCCUCAGGGCGGAUCUCAAGGCGGCUCUCAACAUGGUGGCUCUCAAGGUGGUUCUCAGCAAGGCGGCUCUCAGCAAGGCGGCUCUCAGCAAGGCGGCUCUCAACAUGGUGGCUCCCAAGGUGGCUCUCAAGGUGGCUCUGGACACGGAGGCUCACAAGGAGGUGGCUAUCAGGGUGGCUCUCAGCAGGGCGGCUCUCAAGGCGGUGGUUAUCAAGUCGGCCCUCAGGAAACGCCAAGCUGGAACGGGUGGCUCCCUGGUUUUCUCCAGCCCGGCCAAGGCGGCAAUGGAGGUGUCCACACUGUCACAGUCACAGUAUCGCCUACCUUGA